AGUGGGAAUGGAAAGAGAUGAAGAAAGGAAAAUGGAGAUUGAUCUGUCCCUGAAAAUAGAUGCUAAAGAAAAGGAAGAACAAGAGGAAGAGGAAAAGGAAGAUAUGGAAGAAGAGGCGAAGGAUUCUAAGAUGCAAUCAGAGGAUGAAAAUCAAAAAGAGAAAGCUGUAGAUUUGCAAGAUAAAGAGGAGACAGCAGUGGCUUCCACAGGGGAAGUUGAAGAUGGUGCACCAUUGGAAUUGUCCUUACAAGCAAAAAACAAGGCAGAAGAGUUGUCUGUCCUUCAAAUGGAGAUGAAUCGGAUGAAAGAAGAGAAUAAAGUGUUAAGGAAAGUGGUGGAGAAAACCAUGCAGGAUUACUAUGAUCUCCAGAUGAAGUUUUCUGUGAUUCAGCAAAACAACCAAAAGAAGGACCCUCAAAUCUUUCUAUCUCUAAAUGGAAAUGAAAACUCAUCAAGUCAACAACAGCAGGCAAUUCAAAGAAACUUAAAUGUCAAUAAUCAAAAACAUGGGUCGCCAUCACAAGAUGAUAACGAUGAAGGGAAUGAACUAGGGUUGUCACUAAGGCUACAAACCAGUUCCAGUCAACGAGAAAGAGAAGAUCAUAAGGAAGAGCACAAGGAAUUAGAAAGUCAAGAAACCCCAAUUGUUGCAUCAGUGCAAAACAAGCUUCACCAAAGUCAUUUAUCAGCAAUCACAAGCCAUGCGGUUUCCCCACCCAACAGGAAAGCUAGGGUUUCUGUUAGAGCAAGAUGUCAAACAGCAACAAUGAACGAUGGGUGCCAAUGGAGGAAAUAUGGUCAAAAAAUUGCUAAAGGAAAUCCUUGCCCACGAGCCUACUAUCGUUGCACGGUAGCUCCAGGAUGCCCCGUCAGGAAACAAGUCCAACGAUGCCUAGAGGACAUGUCCAUUCUGAUUACAACUUAUGAAGGAACUCACAAUCAUCCACUCCCUGUUGGUGCAACAGCCAUGGCUUCAACAGCUUCAGCAGCAGCAGCUUCCUUUAUGUUACUUGAUUCAAGCAACCCUAUCUCGAAUGGUAUCACAAACUUCAGUCAAGCCUCCCUCCCUUACCAAAACCCUUAUCUCUUAAACUCAUCAGCUUCUCAUCAUCCAUCAAGCAUUAGGAACAUGAACCUUAACGACCCUUCAAAAGGAAUCGUUCUUGACCUCACAAACAAUCAUCACUUUGAUAAUCAACGGCCAACAGCUAGCUCUUUCUCCCACCAUUCAUCAGCUCAUCAACAAGCCUUUCCUUGGAUGCCAAGCAGAUUAAACUAUCACAAUGCUAACCCUUUACCAAGCAACAGUCCAUUUGGUACCAGCUCUAGGACAAACGAGAGAGAAUGGAAAUCUGAAGAAGAUAAGUCAUUAGCUGAAAAUGUUACAGCAAUUGCUUCAGAUCCUAAAUUUAGAGUUGCAGUUGCGGCUGCUAUUACAUCUCUAAUAAAUAAAGAAAGCCAAACAACUCAUCCUAUUCCUAUUGGUUCUUCAUUGGCUGGUAGGGAGGGAGAGAGUGGGAGCUCUAUUACCAACAAUUGGGUACUUGAAUCUCUCUCGGGAACUGCUGGUAAGCCCAUUCACCAUUCACCUUAGAAGUUGGCAAAAAUUACUUUGUUUAUUACUAAACUUCAAAGACAGAUUAAGGGGUAUAUACAAAGAUUAUGUACUUUUAUCUUGUCUACAUUUGGCUCUCCCUCAAUAAGACUUAUACUAAAAUAUUGCCUUUUCUUAUUUCUU